UUUUGUUUUUUAUUCUUAUUUUUAUUUUAUUUUGUUAUUUGUUUCUUCUUUCCUUUUAUCCUUAAAAAAAUUACCAAACCAAACCAAUUGUCCUUUAUCUCGCCUCCCCCUUUUUUUUCAUCCCCUCUCUAUCCAUCUUUAUAUCUUCAUUUUAAUUAUUGUAUAAAAACCCACACACACAACAAAUAAUAAAAAAAAAGUAUCAAUGAUUAGCGCAUUUUUUAUCUACAACCAAAAGGGUGAAGUCCUCAUCUCACGUCUCUAUCGUCAUGACCUCAGACGAUCUGUUGCUGACAUUUUCCGGAUUCAGGUCAUCUCAAACACUGACGUCCGUUCACCCAUCAUCACUCUCGGCUCAACAUCCUUUUUUCACGUGCGUCAUGAAAACCUGUACAUUGUGGCGGUCACCAAAUGGAAUGCAAACGCUGCUCUGGUAUUCGAAUUGUGUUACAGAGUAAUCAACAUCGGUCGAAGCUAUUUUGGCAAAUUUGAUGAAGAAGCAGUCAAGAACAACUUUGUAUUGAUUUAUGAGCUUUUGGAUGAAAUUCUCGACUUUGGUUAUCCACAAAAUAGUGAGACUGAUACAUUGAAGAUGUACAUCACAACCGAAGGGGUAAAGUCCGAGAGAGCAGUGGAAGACUCGAGCAGAAUUACUAUCCAGGCCACAGGUGCAAUCUCAUGGAGACGCAAUGACAUCAAGUACAGAAAGAAUGAGGCCUUUAUCGAUGUCAUUGAGAGUAUGAACUUAUUGAUGAGCAAUACAGGAACUGUUCUGAGAGCUGAUGUUGCAGGACAGAUUCUUAUGCGUGCUUAUCUGUCAGGUACACCAGAGUGCAAAUUCGGACUCAAUGACAAACUAUUGGUAGACAAUGAUACUGUAAACCGUACCACGCAAGUAUCUAGAUAUAUAUAUUUUGCUCGUCGUGCAAAUGCUGUUGAAAUUGAUGAUUGCCAAUUCCAUCAGUGUGUUAAGCUUGGAAGCUUUGACAACGAUCGUACCAUCAGUUUUACUCCUCCAGAUGGUGAAUUCGAAUUGAUGAAAUAUCGUACUACAGAAAAUGUCAAUCUUCCUUUCAAAGUACACCCUGUAGUAAAUGAAAUUGGAAAGACUAGAGUAGAAUACAAAAUCAAUGUCAAGGCCAACUUCUCACCAAAGCUGAGUGCCAAUAAUGUUAUCUUGAGAAUUCCUACUCCCCUCAACUCGGCCAAGGUAGAGGUCAAGGUCAGCUCUGGCGGAAAGGCAAAAUAUGCACCAUCCGAGAAUUGUAUUAUUUGGAAGAUUCCUCGUUUCCAAGGUCAGUCAGAGCACACUUUGAGUGGUGAGGCAGAACUUACUUCAAUGACCCACAAACGUGUGUGGUCACGACCUCCAAUUUCGAUGGACUUCCAGGUCUUGAUGUUUACAUCUUCGGGACUCUUGGUGAGAUUCCUCAAGGUGUUUGAGAAGAGUGGCUAUCAGUCUGUUAAAUGGGUCAGGUAUAUGACAAAAGCAGGCUCAUACCAAAUCAGGUUUUAAGAAGGUGUAUAUGUGUGUGUAUAUUUAAUGAUAUACAAAGAGAUGGAAAUAUGGCUAAAAAGAAAGAAGCACUUACACUUCACAUUUACAACAACAACAACAAAAAGCACGUACACCUACCAUCUUACUAUCUACAAUUUACACUUACACUUACACCAACAUUUCCACCAACAUUUCUACCUAAAUUUCUACCUACACUUACAUCUACACCUACACAAACAAUACAUACACACAUAUAUAAAUAUAAAUAUAAAUAUAAAUAUAUUAUAUUAUAUUAUAUUAUAUUAUUCUGUAUAUCAUUUUCUCAUCUUCUCCUUCAUACUAUUCUAUACCAUAUUAUUCUUUAAUGAUUAUUUUCUGUUAAAAAACGAUUUUAUAAUGAAUGAAACUUCAUUGUAAUAUUCUAUCUAAAACAAUAAUAUCAUGUAUUUGUUCUAUAAAUCAAUUAAAUAAAAAGAUAAGUAGAUAAACUGU